UGGCUGGAGAAGCUGUCAGUCACCAAACCUCGCUCUCUGAUUGGUUGCGUCGGCUUUCCGUUAUUCGUGGAAUGCGAGGUGAAGCCGUGUGUUUUGGGAUGGUCUCCCUCCUCCCUCCCUCUCCGAGCGUCUUGGCUGCUAGCAGUCGGUCAUUUCUUGAUGUUUUUGUCCGCCUGGACAUUUCCAUGGUAACUGUGCUGUCUGAGGUCUGAUCGAGUCGAGCGUGAGAAUGGAGCUGGAAGAGAAAAACCAAGACUCUAAAUACGGGGAGUCCAGGAAGUUCGAUCCGAAUUUCAAAGGGCCGAUGCAGAACAGGGGUUGCACAGACAUCCUCUGUUGUAUUCUGUUCAUUCUCGCCUUGGUUGGUUACUGCGCUGUUGGUGUCCUUGCCUGGUCUCAGGGUGACCCCAGAAAAGUGAUUUAUCCCACAGACAGCAGGGGGCAGUUCUGUGGGCAGGCCGGGACCCCACUGGAGAAGAAACCUCUUCUGUUCUACUUCAACAUCCUGAAAUGUGCCAGCCCCCUGGUGCUGCUGGAGUUCCAGUGUCCCACCACACAGUUAUGCGUGGAAAAGUGUCCUGACAGGUACAUGACUUUGGUGGAGGCCACGUCAGGCAGCAAAGAAAACCGUGACUACUACACAAGAUACUGCAAGGAGGGAACUAACCUUGCCAGACUGAGUUCUCCUGAGAUCCUGAGGGACCGCCUGUGUCCUGCCAUGCUGCUGCCCAGUAAAGCUUUCACACAACGCUGCCUGCCUGCCCUGGGAAAGCUAAAAGACGGAGUGGUGGUGGUGGGCAACAAGACCACAUUUAUUGAUAACGACAAAAACAGAGUCAAUGCCACAGACAUCCUGGAGGCCUCAAAGAAGUCAAAUGUUGUUUUGGAAGCUCGUCAGGUGGCCAUGAGAAUCUUUGAAGACUACACUCAGUCCUGGCACUGGAUAUUACUCGGUUUGGUGAUCGCCAUGGUUGUCAGCUUGAUUUUCAUUGUCCUGCUGCGAUUCUUGGCCGCCGUCAUGGUCUGGGUCAUGAUUGUUUUGGUCAUUCUGGUCAUUGGAUAUGGGAUUUUCCACUGCUACUUUGAGUAUGCCAACCUGAAGGGAGAACCGGGCGCAGACGUCACCAUCCGUGACCUGGGGCUUCAGACAGACUUCUCUGUCUACCUGCAGAUCAGGCAGACCUGGCUGGCCUUCAUGAUCAUCCUGGCUAUUGUGGAGUUCAUCAUCAUCCUGCUGCUCAUCUUCCUCAGGAAAAGAAUCCUGAUUGCCAUCGCUCUCAUCAAAGAGGCCAGCAAAGCUGUCGGCCAUGUUAUGUCGGCAUUGUUCUACCCGUUACUGACCUUCGCCCUCCUGGCAGUGGUGAUCGCUUACUGGGCCAUUACUGCGGUAUUCCUGUCUACGUCAAAUGAGCAGAUUUACAAAGUGUUCAACAAUUCCGAUUGCCCAUUCUCUCGAGAUGCCUGCGAUCCCAAGACAUUCAACAUCUCUAAUGUUUCAGCCCAGUGUCCGGAUGCAGAGUGCUUGUUUGCUUUUUACGGUGGUGAGACGCUGUACCACAGAUACCUCAUCCUCUUUCAGUUUUAUAACGUCUUCCUCUUCUUCUGGUGUGCCAACUUUGUGACGGCGCUGGGCCAGGUGACGCUAUCAGGGGCUUUCGCUUCAUAUUACUGGGCCUUCAAGAAGCCUGAUGAUAUCCCUGCUUUUCCCAUCUUCGCCUCUUUUGGACGGGCCCUUAGAUACCACACAGGCUCCCUGGCUUUUGGCUCUCUGAUCCUGUCUUUGGUCCAGGUCAUCCGGGUCUUCCUAGAGUAUCUGGAUCACAAGUUGAAAGGUGCUCAGAAUAAGUUUGCUAAAUUUCUCCUGAGCUGCAUGAAGUGCUGCUUCUGGUGUCUGGAGAAAUGUAUCAAAUUCCUGAACCGGAACGCCUACAUCAUGAUUGCAAUCUAUGGGAAGAAUUUCUGCACUUCAGCUCGAGAUGCCUUCUUCCUUCUCAUGAGAAACAUCAUCAGGGUGGCUGUUUUAGAUAAAGUGACUGACUUCCUGCUGUUUCUUGGGAAGCUCCUUAUUGUUGGCAUUGUGGGGAUUUUCUCUUUCUUCUUCUUCUCGGGAAGAAUAAAAGCUAUAGAGGACGCUGCUCCAUCACUUAACUACUACUGGGUACCAAUCCUGACAGUAGUAGUGGGAUCGUACCUGAUUGCCCAUGGCUUCUUCAGCGUGUAUGCCAUGUGUGUGGACACACUGUUCCUGUGUUUCUGCGAAGACUUGGAAAGGAAUGACGGGUCAUCCGAGAGACCUUACUUCAUGAAUCCUGAGCUGCAUGAGAUCCUCUCCAAGUCCAUGAAGGUGGAGGAGGAAUGUGACGGUGUCGAGCAGGCGGAUGCUGAAAAACAAGUGGAUGAGGUCAAGUUGGAGGAGGAAAUGCCCCUCCAGCAACAGGACGGAGAGAUCCAGCUAAAACAGCAGACUGCGCUGAAGGAGGAAAAUGAGGAAAAGCGAGCUCUGGAGUCCAAGAUGGAGGAUGAAAAGCCAGAGGAGGAGAAGAAGGAGGAACAACAAGUCAGUCAGGCAGAGGAGACUGAGAAAAAAGAAGAAAAAGAAGUGAAGGAAGCUGCAGAAAAGCAGGAGGUGAAAGCAGAGGAGGAGUCAGUUGCAGCUGGGGAAGCUCAGGAAGUGAAGACUGGUGAGGAGGAGGAAAAAACGCAGUCUAAGGAUGAUAAUCCUCCAUCUGCACCACAGGAGUAGAUGCUGCAAAGCAAAGGGGGGCUCUGUAGACCUCAUAAAGUGUAAAGAAUGAAAGUUAUGUCCCUCAGCUUAGUGAUAUGGACCAGUUAAAUGUACAGCAUCCAAGCUAAAAUGCCAUAUGGCUUUGCUGUGUGAGAGAACUGAUGUUCCACCUGAAGAAGGCAGCUCAGAGCGAAGACUAAAGGAGGUCAAAAGCCCAGUGCAUCUGUAGCUUGAAAAACACACACUCCUUUGUGUUGGCUUUAGAACAGUGUUGGUUUUUAUAUUGUUAAGGUGUGUAAAACAUAGUGCGUGCUGAACCUGUGCCUGAUUGCUGUCAGUGUUCGUUGUCUCAAUCCCAUUCACUGGAAGCACUGCAGAACCAGAACCAUGUUUACAGUCAGAACAAACGUCUCAAUCAACGAUGAGUUGCUUUCACAGUUUACAAAAAUACCAGCUGAUGCCAAAAUCUUUCACAUUAUUUGAUACGCUUUAAAUACUGGACCUUUUUUGUUGAUAUGAAAACUUGUACAUUGGUGUAUGUUUAUGAUGUAUCUUUUGGCUUCAGCCUUGUUGAGACUCUCACUAUGAUGGGAUUCCCUACAUUGUACCGCCACCUACUUGCCUUGGUAUUUCAGACUGGCGUUAAGUGCUGUGAUUGUCCAGCCAUGAUGCACAAAUCAUGACCUUUCGGACUUUCUGGACCCCGAUCCCAACCUUCUAGUUGUUUACCGACUCCUCUUGCCUUGCUCUCUCCCUUCCCUGAGUCUGUCUGUCUGUUUAAAGUGCUGCAUGGUAUUAACAUGGCCUUCUGAAUGCUUGCAACUAACAUCUUAGGUGUCUGAAAGCUUUUGUACUUCUUAUUCUUAUCUGUCAAGCUGUGAAAGCUGUAAGCAGAUUUUUUCCCCCUACUGGAAUUUCUAAAGACAUUCCAUAUUUAUUGGGUGUAAUUCCUGAUUACAAGUGCUCGUAUUUAAUCACUGUAGUUCUGUUAUGUGUAAACAUGUGACUGACGACAUGGUUUCAAGCAGGUGAGUUUUUGGAUCGGAGACGAAAAGGUGAAUUUCAUUGUCUACAAAUGGGACGACUAACAAUUUGAAUUGUUUAAAUAUCAUUUUUGACUUGAUUAUGAGGUGUAUACACUCUGGGCUUUGUGUGGUCAUAAUUUGUGAAAAGGUCUUUGAAAUCUCUGAAGAAACAUUUGAGGAAAGAGCCACUGAAUAAAAGACUAUUUGAA